AUGGAGUAUCCUUCCGGGUUCUCCGCAGGUAGGGGAGCUCAAGGAUGAGUAGUAUUCCCGCUUUCACCCAAACUGAAUGGAUCCCCUCUGGCGUCCGGACCGUUGGCGUCUGAGUCGACUACCGCAUCUAUGAACAGAGGAUAUGCGCAACCAACGCUGAAGAACGACCAUUCGAAUCCGUUCCGGAGAGGCUUUUUGAUUUCUCAAACCAAUUACCGGGGGGUGUGA